ACGGCCUUUCUCUCUCUACAAUUUCCUCCAUAGAUGGGUAGCAGCCAAGCAGCAAUGUCCUUCCUCACCAACCUAGCCCGGGCGGCGUUCGGCCUCGGUCUCGGCGCUACCGUCCUCAACUCCUCCCUCUACACCGUCGACGGUGGCCAACGCGCCGUCCUCUUCGAUCGAUUUAGCGGCGUCAUCGAUGAGACCGUCGGCGAAGGAACCCAUUUCCUCGUCCCAUGGCUCCAGAGACCCUACAUUUUCGACAUCCGAACUCGUCCCCACACCUUCUCUUCCAUCUCCGGCACCAAAGAUCUCCAAAUGGUCAACCUCACUCUUCGUCUUCUCUCUCGCCCCGAGGUCACUCAACUCCCCAGAAUCUUCCAAACCCUAGGUCUCGAAUACGACGAGAAAGUCCUCCCUUCGAUCGGCAACGAAGUGUUGAAGGCUGUUGUUGCUCAAUUCAACGCCGAUCAGCUUCUUACUGAUCGUCCUCACAUCUCGGCUUUGGUCCGCGACAGCUUGAUUCGUCGCGCGAAGGACUUCAACAUCGUGCUUGAUGAUGUAGCGAUAACGCACUUGUCGUAUGGGGCUGAGUUCUCGAAGGCAGUGGAGCAGAAGCAGGUGGCGCAGCAGGAGGCGGAGCGGUCGAAAUUCGUUGUGGCGAAAGCGGAGCAGGAGAGGAGGGCGGCGAUUAUUAGGGCGGAAGGAGAGAGCGAGUCUGCAAAGCUGAUUUCUGAAGCGACUGCUGCUGCUGGAAUGGGUUUGAUCGAUCUCAGGAAGAUUGAGGCCUCGAGGGAGAUAGCUUCGACCUUGGCGAAAACUCCAAAUGUCGCCUACCUGCCUAAUGGAAAUAACAUGUUGUUGGGGCUCAAUCCUUCCAUGGUUGGUCACUGAAUCGGGCUUGUUGGUGCAUGACAUUCGGGUUUUGGAUUAUUGCUGAUGCCUCACAGUUUACUUGCUUUGUGUGGCAUAUUAUUACAUUCUACUAGAUGUCUUCUCUUGCACAUUUGAGACCUGAACAAGUUCUUUUGGGAGGCUUUAUUUUGUAGUGUUAUAUUGAAAAUGAAUUACUACUUUUAGAACAUUGGUUAUGGAAUACACUUAGCUUUUGAACAUCUGGGGGGAAAUACAACCAUUGCAAUAUUUGAUAGAUAUCCCCCCAUAUUUCAAUAAAGGCUGCUGCUUAUCAAAAAUGGUGAAAUACAUGAAUCUGUUAUCUGAUCUGAUUUUGUCACAUUGUUAAAUUCUUGGUAAAAGAAAAAAAUAAUGAUAAUAAGAGGGGCAACCUGCACAUAGCAA